GACUUCUCGUGGUUGCAUGGCGGUCGAAUCUACAGCCAUGCUAAUAGGAUUAGCAAUAUCCUCCCUGGUCCUCUUAUGUCGGACGGAGGCUUUGCCGCAGGCUCAGUCCGCCGAAGACAUAAAGAAAGUCGGAAACACGGUGACUGAGAUAGCCUCCGCGAGUGGGACGAAGCCGACGCUGACCAAGUAUCAAGUGCUCCACCCGGGCAAAGGUGACAAUGUCGGCGGAUACACGAGCUUCGACGCGGAUGGCGGCUACGAGGACGACAACGAGGAUCGAGGAGGCGGCCACUAUGCUCAACCCUUCGCGGGCUACCACCAUGGACAUGGCGGCGGCGGCGGCGGAGGAGGCGGCGGAGGUCACCACGGCGAGCACCUCCACAAAGGAGAGGUAAUCCACAAACACAUCCACGAGGGUCGCGUCGAUCACAUCCACAAGCACGUCGGUCACGGAGAACACGACCACAAGCACCACGGUCACCAUGGCCACGACCACAAGCACCACGGACACCAUGGCCACGACCACAAACAUGCCGGACACCACGGACACGACCACAAACACAGCGGUCACCACGGACACGAUCACAAACACCACGGUCACCACGCCCACGACCACAAGCACCACGGAUCCGCCGGCCAUCAUCACAAGCACGAAGGUCACCACGGACACGGACACAAGCACCAUGGACAGCACGGACAUCACCACUCGCACGAGGGUCAUCACGGACACAGCCACAAACAUCACGGACACGCGGAGCACGAUCACAAGCAUCACGGUCAAGCCGGACAUCACCACAAACAUCACGGGACGGCCGGACACUCGCACAAACAUGCGCUGCACGGUCAGCACAACCACCACCACGCCGGUCACGCUGCCCACGACCACAAGCAUCAAGGUCAAGCUCACCACGGUCACGGACACAGUGGACAUCUUGGACAUGGCCACAAGCAUCACGGAUCUCAUGGUCAUCACCACAAGCAUCAGGGACAUCAUGCCCAUGGCCACAAACACAGCGGUCAUCUGGCUCAUGGUCAUCACCAUGGUGUGCAUGGCGGCGGCGGCGGUGGUGGACAUCACGGACACUACUCGCGACUCACUGAGGGUGCCACCGACAGACAAGACGAAAAGACGCCACCAGCGGAAGGACUUAGUAAAUUCUACGAUGGCGCAGCUGCUGAUGCCAAAGACCCUUUUGAAUUAGAUCUUUCAAUAUUUGAUAAACAUGAGGUGGCGCAGUAUAGUUGAGGAUAGGAGCCAAAGCUCCAUUGCAAGGCCAUAGACACGAGGUUAGCUGACGGUUUUCACUGCGUCCAGCUAGUCAUUUAAUAAUUGCUUCAAUAAUACAAUAUCUCCGUAUCAGCUGAUCAAUUUUAACGGAUCAUUAGGCAAAUACAAUAUCUUUGAAAAAGUAUCAUGUUCGAGUGAAUGCGAAGGAGUAUGAUGAUGAAUCAAGGAAGAUUAACUUUAUGGAAAGACUUGAUCUGUGAUUUAAUUGUGAAUUACGUUACCGUUUUUGUACCUUCCUCCAAUUUUGUCUUAUUUAGUGUAUUGUUAAAUUCUAAUUGUUGUCAAAUAGGUCUAGUUUAAGUAGUUAAGGUUUUACUCUAAGUUUAUUUAAGUAUUCUUACUUUUGUACUUUCAUAUCGUCGAAAAAACUUACUCUCGAAAAAGUCUUGUAGGUAUGUUUAAAUACUGCGCACAAAAAUGUCACUUGUAAAAACAUCAUGAUUAUAGAAAACAAGUUAAACUUGUAA